AUGCCUCGGUCUCAAAAAAACCCGACGGGAUCAUCGGGCAGAAGCGGCCCCAAAGUGAAAUCCGGAUGCCGCACUUGCAAAAUCCGCAAAGUGAAAUGUGAUGAAGGAAAGCCUUCCUGCUAUCGAUGCAGCUCUAGCAGUCGUGUAUGCGACGGCUACGGGGUCUGGGGAGGAGAUGGCCAUCUUCCGUCUCGCAAUGCUACUCAAACGGGCGUCAAAUUAGCAAUUUCUCGUAACAAGACCAGGCCUAGAAAUGAAAAGUAUGCCAAUUCCAAAUUUGGGCAAUCGGAGUCGCAAUUUUGUGAUUUUCCCUUGGGUUGUACUGGCGCCGACAUGAAAAUGGAUAAUGCAAGCCUUUCUACAACCGGCCAAUGGGAAAUUGGACCGGUGCCUAUGUCGCUUGUUGAAUUCCCUGCAGCUGCACAUGAGCGUGGAGUUUUCUUCUGGUUCCAGCAAUACACAGUCAACAAAAUCCCGGGGCUGUUUUCUUUCAAAUUUUGGAGCUCCUUGCUCCCUCGGGCGUGUUACAGCGAGCCUGCUAUCCUGCAUGCCGUCCUCGCACUAACUUCGGCCCACAAAUAUGAACAGUUGGAGACCACUUCUUCUCUUUCCACUGACGAGAAAUUCACAUUGGAAGCCUAUGGCAAGGCUAUUCAUUGCCUGAGAACAGACUUCGGCCUCAAGAGCAAUACUUCCUUGAAAGUAAUAUUGAUUGCGUGCAUUGUGUUCGUAUGUCUGGAAAUAGUUCAGCAACAUCAUGCCACUGCAAUAACACAUUUGGCCAAUGGCCUUAGACUCAUUGAGCAGUUAGAGAGGUCUUUGGCGGCAGAGGCCCAGCCACUCUUUGAUCACCAUGAACCGGAAGGGCUGAUUUUUCAAAUGUUCCUCAGGCUUAAAUUACAGGUCAACAUGCUUGGGUACUGUUAUGACUUUUCAAGUUAUAUCAACAACAGUCUCUCUGCAUAUAGAAUCCCAGGUCGAUUUUUGUCCAUGCUCGAAGCGAGAAAAUACAUGGAUAUACUUAUAUCUCGGGCUUUUGAACUCGAAUACCUUUUCCAAAAAGCAUGUUUCCGAGAAAGGGCCGAGAGAGGGUUGAAAGAUAACCAAAUUUCUCUUCGCUCGGAUCUCGACUUGUGGCUCCAAGCAUUUAUUAGUUCAUUCCUACAGGACAAGGCAGCAUCCAAUAAUUGGAACAAGGUCGCCUAUAACAUCUUGCGAAUGUACCAUGACAUGGCAUAUGUCAUGGCUGAGACGUGUCUUUCUGCUCAUCAGGAAAUGCUAUUCGAUUAUCAAGUGGAGCGGUUUCUAUCCAUACUGACAUACGCAAUUAACACAAUCACAAUUUCAGCGGGGUUACAAGAACCAAUUCUGCCCGAAGCAACGGCGAAAAUGCAGAAAUCGAUUGUUGACAUUGGAUGGAUCCCGGUUCUUUAUUACACAGCAACAAGAUGCCGCGUCGCGAGAAUUAGACUUCAUGCGAUUAGAAUUCUCGAAUUGACAUCUCACAGAGAAGGGAUGUGGGAUGCCAGGGUGGCGGCUCAAGUUGCACAGGAGGUGAUGCGCAUUGAAGAAGCCCAAGACCCGUAUCAGAGCUGUCUUGGUGACACCUUCACACUAGAAAUGAUACCAAAGCGAAAGGAAUUAAAGACACCGACACUUGGUGCAUCACAGAGAGUGUCGAAUAUCCAAGUGAUACCCCCCGAUGAACCAUGGGGAAUGAUUGGGUUUAUGUGCCGCAAAAAGCACAAUAACAGUAACUGGGAGGUAAUAUGGAAAGAGAAUGAUCCAAUAAGUGGAAUGUGGUUGGAUGUAGUAUAA